AAACAGAGGUCGACUCUAUUGCGUUAUAGAUCAACUACAUUGAGCUUGGAGAGCAAGUAGUGAGUGUCAAUGGGGUUUGAAGGCUUCGAGCCCAUAUUCGGCGAGCCCAAGGUGGAGUGGGUCGCGGCCCAGGAUUCGCUUCCGUUGCGUCCCUUUUUGUUCCAUGCCCAUGCUCCUGAUCCUUCCCACCUCCGAAUCCAUGUCACUGAUUUCCACUCUAGUACGUGGGAGGCCGUUCGAUCGGUUGUGCAGCUCGAGGACAUGAGGGACAACAUUGGAAUAGGGGGCUCUUGGUCUGAGUUUGUUGACUAUGUUAUAGCCUCCAUUAAAUCUGAAGAAUUAAAGCUUGUUAUGGAGGGACAUUCAAACUCUGAUGGUGCUGCACAUGCAAAAUUAGUUGCUCAGAAAUCGAAAGGCAUGCCACGGAUUUCCAUUUCUCUCACAAAACUCGUGGACUCUCCUGCUAGUGAGGCUAUGGCAAAUCUCUCUCUGGAGCUCUUCAAAGCUUUCAAAAAUGUGCGGUAUUCAUUGGUAGAAGAGCAAGAGCGCUCUCUUCAGUUGACAAAAGUGAUAUCAGCCGAGAAGGAAAGGAGUGAAAGUAUACAGAGCCAGCUGGAGCUGUACUCAAAUAGGCAGAAGUUUCAAAAAAUGAAUACCUCUGACAGAGCAGAUGUGUCUGCUCCUCUUAUGAGUAAUGGUUUGCAAAAUUCUCCAGGAAAAGCAACAGCUCGAGAUACAGGCUCAACAAAAGUUACCAACCGUGUUGUGCCAACAUAUCGCAGGGCAAAAGUAAGAGGUGUUUUGCUGCAGGACACAGAAGAUGACAAAGAUGCGUAGAACCUAAGAUCUGGGAAAAACUUAGUUCACCAAGUUCUGUAAAUAAAAGGUUUUAAGGUUUAGAACUCUAAUUCUGAUAAAUUAUUACUAAGAAAAGGAGAAUUCCCACUAACAGAUAGGUCCGGAGUAUCUUUGAGUACCAUGAUUAUGAAAAUGAGAAUUGGUUAA